AUGAACGGACAGGACGCCAUAGCAAUAGUAGGGGUUGGUUGCAAGUUUCCCGGAGCUGAUGGCCUGGAAGAAUUUUGGCGGGUCCUAAAAAAUGGCGAAGAUCAUAUACAGGAUAUUCCAAAGGAAAGGUUUAAUGUUGACGCCUUUUUUGACAGUAAUCCUGAUGCACCUGGAAGAACAUAUGUAAGGAAAGCCGGAAUAGUUUCAGGAAUCAGCCAAUGGGAUAAUAGAUUUUUUGGAAUUGGGGAGAAUGAAGCAAAGACAAUGGACCCCCAACAACAGAUAGUUCUGGAGUGUGUCUACAGAGCUAUGGAAGAUGGCGGAUUUACAAAGUCAGACUUCAAUCAAUCAGAUACGGGAGUGUACUUAGGCGUAAUGAAUGGCGAAUAUGAAGCUGUAGCCGGACACGAUCUGAAGCAAUUGACCAAUUACUCGGUGACUGGACUUAGUCGAAGCAUCAUAUCGGCCAGAGUGGCCUACUUUUUAAACCUUCACGGUCCGGCGAUUACUCUGGAUACGGCUUGUUCUUCUUCCCUUGUUGCGAUUCAUACAGCUGAACAGGCUAUCAAAUCUGGUAAAAAGUCAUUUUCAGCAUUUACAUAUCUGUGA